AUGCCGGUGGCUGAAGCAAUCCAUGAGUUCCCCAGGGAUUACUUCACCAACCAGGAGCGCGUUGAUGGAGCAGUGGGCCUGCACGUCCUCUGUGCAGUCUACAUGUUCUAUGCACUGGCCUUGGUGUGUGACGACUACUUUGUGCCCUCACUAGAGAAGCUAUGUGAGCGUCUUCAACUGAGUGAAGAUGUUGCAGGAGCGACCUUCAUGGCAGCAGGCAGUUCAGCUCCUGAACUGUUCACUUCUGUCAUUGGAGUUUUCAUCACUAAAGGUGACGUCGGGGUCGGGACCAUCGUGGGCUCAGCGGUCUUCAACAUCCUCUGCAUUAUUGGAGUAUGUGGGAUAUUCGCAGUACAGACAAUACGUCUCACCCGCUGGCCUCUGCUCAGAGACUCUCUCUACUACACCCUAUCCAUCUCUGCUCUUAUAGUGUUCAUAUAUGACGAAAAAGUUGUUUGGUGGGAAGCUCUCACGUUGAUCCUGAUGUAUUUCGUUUACAUUUUGAUCAUGAAGAUGAACUCCCACGUUGUUCGGUUUCUGGAGAGGCGGCAGAAAAACUCGUCCACUUUGAGGAACGGAGCGGCCAAUAACGCUGAACUAGACGAUGGCUGUGAUGCUACCGCUGUUCUACUGAAGAAAGCAAACCACCACAGGAAGCCGUCGGUGCUGAUGGUGGACGAGCUGCUGUCAGCAUACCCCCACCAGCUGUCUUUCUCCGAGGCCGGCAUGAGGAUCAUGAUCACCAGCCACUUUUCCCCAAGAACCCGCCUCACCAUGGCCUCACGAAUGCUCAUCACCGAGAGGCAGCGUCUCAUCAACACACGGACUUUGACCAACGGUGACUCGGAUGUUCCAGCCAAAGGAGGAAGUAGGCGGGGCAUAGAAAAUGGGCUGUCCGGGGCCGAGAGGGGUGUCAGUGUUCGCCAUGACGAUCGAGAGGCGGGCAACGAGACAGAGAACGAGGACAAUGAGAACAACGAGAAUGACGAAGAGGAAGAAGAAGAGGACAGAGAGGGACCGUUUGUACCCUUCCAGUGUCCAGCCGGUGUGUGUAACAAGCUGAAGUGGCUGCUGGCCUGGCCUCUGUGCCUGCUGCUGUACUUCACCGUCCCCAACUGCUCCACACCUCGCUGGGACAACUGUUUCAUGCUGUCCUUCUUCGCCUCCACCCUGUGGAUCGCCGCCUUCUCCUACAUCAUGGUCUGGAUGGUAACAGUGAUAGGUUUCACACUCGGUAUCCCAGAUGUCAUCAUGGGCAUCACCUUCCUGGCAGCCGGCACCAGCGUCCCUGACUGCAUGGCCAGCCUAAUAGUGGCACGGCAAGGAAUGGGAGACAUGGCAGUGUCCAAUUCCAUUGGCAGUAACGUGUUUGACAUCUUGGUGGGGCUUGGUCUUCCCUGGGCCCUGAAGACUCUGGCAAUCAACUAUGGCUCUGAUAUCAAACUAAACAGCAAAGGACUGAUAUUCUCUGUUGGGCUCCUGCUGGCGUCUGUGUUUAUGACUGUCCUCGGAGUUCACCUAAACAAGUGGACGUUGGACAAGCGUCUGGGUUUCGCUUGUCUCUUCUUCUACUCCGUCUUCCUGUGUUUCUCCUGCCUCAUCGAGUACAACAUCUUCACCUUUGUCAACCUGCCGACCUGCCGAGACGACUGAGACACACACAUACAUACACACACACACACACACACAAACACACUGAUGUACACACACUCACACACUAGAAGUGGUGUUUGCAAGGAAUUCCAAGUAAAGUGAAGUUAAACAACAGAAUGGUAUAGUUCUAAAUUUAGCAAGUAAGAAUUAUUUGCAAAUACCAUUUGACACUGGUCCGAUUCACACACUCAUUUUGUCUCUUUUGUGAGAAGAGAUCCCACUCUGCUCUUUUUUUCUUUUCUUUUUUUUAUGCCCAUCUUUCUGCUCAGUGCAAUAUGGAGCUGCUCUGGCGUUUGCUCACGACCAGAGUGUGGGAUUGAUUUCAGGAGCAGGGAUGGAAAUUACUGACUCUUUAGAAGCCCUCACACAGGACAGCGCCGAGGACAGCAACCACGGGAAAGCAAAAAAAAAAAAACUUGUCCAACUACUGCUUGCUUCUGACGUGAGGACCUUUAUUUUCCCCAUAUUUUAGGUGUGGAAGUUGUAAUGUUUACUAGCUGCUAUCCUUUCCAGUGAGGAAAGGCGGGUCUUUUUUUAGAUCUACUAGUCGAGAGUAAUAAUGAUUAAAGCAAUGAUGUAAAUGGGUGGGAGGGUGUAGUUUAGCGCUGUGGUACAGAUGAUGACGAUUUUGUCGAGUUGUUUGAACAGAGUUAGGGCCACAAGUUGAAGUCUUUAUGCAGAUGCAUUUUACGAACUCCAUUAUCUUAUGGCUAUUUAUAUUUAAAUUAUGUGGCUGUUGAACGCGUUUUCCAAUUACACUGUAAAGCUAUUAGUAAUUU